AAAAAUGAGCGUCUCCUCCUGUGAGCAGCCAGUGUUCGCUAGUGGAUUCAUAAAGACAAGGAGAAGCUUCUCUGAAACAAACUUCAACCAAUCGGACUAUACACUUGUGAAUUUUCCUCUUACGGACCAUAGAACAAGCAAAGUCUGCAAACAUGCCCGUGCAAAGGCUGAGGAUGAGGCCAUGGCUGGAGAAGCAGAUCGAGUCCAAUUCCGUCUCGGGUCUGACUUGGGUGGACAAGGAUAAGAAAAUGUUCGCAGUCCCCUGGAAGCAUGCAGCUCGACACGGCUGGGAGCUGGACAAGGAUGCAUGUCUGUUCAAACAAUGGGCCAUCCACACAGGGAAAUAUGUUGAAGGUCAGACCUGUGACCCAAAGACAUGGAAAGCCAACUUCCGCUGUGCAAUGAACUCACUGCCUGACAUCGAGGAGGUGAAAGACAAGAGCAUCAACAAAGGCCACCAAGCUGUGCGCGUCUUCAGGAUGCUGCCUGCCAGCCCAAAAUCGAGAGAUAAACGAAGCAAAGCAAAGGAAACAAAGUCAAGGAAGAAGCGCUCAGUGUGUAAGGUGGAGGAAGACACGGACUGCAAUGAUACUCAGUCUCCCAUGAAUGAGUCAAUGACAGAAGAAACUCUGUCCACUCAGGAGAACACAGUCGACAGCACAGUGCACACUGAGGAGAAAGAUUCAUUUGUGUCUCCAUCUGAGGUUCCGGAAUGGUCUUUGUCAGUUGAAAUCGGCCCUGGAAGCUUUCCAUGCGAUAUCUAUCAGAGAUUUGAGGUUUCACCUGAGCACAACUCCGAUUACGACUAUGCAGACGACAUUAUCCAGAUUUGCCAGCAACUGGAGAAAGACUCAAACUGGAUGACAAACAGUUUAGACGACAGGGGGUUCCUGAGCAAUGAAGCAUGCACCAGUCCAGGGAGCCAGUGGAGUGAAUCUUCUUCAGCCGAUGACCUAGACGACUUGCCGCAGUACACAACUUUGGGCUCAGACUUCAUAAAUCCCACAGACACAGUGUGGAACAGCUUCUGUCAACAGAUACCAAGGCACUCAGAUUUUUAGGACAGGAUAGCAUUUUGACACUUGGACUUUUAUAAGCUCAUCCUGCCCACAAUAUCCCAUUCUGAGCCUCUUUUCUCAAUUGAAUCACCCAUCACCAUCAUCCUCCCUCCAGACCGUGAUGAGCGGAGUCCACACUUUAAGCUAUAACGCUUAACGCUAUAUUGAUGCUCGGUAGCAGUUCAGAGAGCUUUCCUCAUCUCCCUCAACCUUCCUGUGAAGUCAUGAAGUGCACUGCUGUGCUAGAUAAACUCACACACUGUUAAUCUUCUAUGUUAUUGGCUGGUUCAAGGCAUUUUGGUGCUCAGUUUUUUGUGACAAUGAGUUAUAUUAGCACAGCAAUUGUUUUGUUCAGGCAGGACAUGUACAUAAUCAUACCCAACCAUAAAUACAUACGAGGUAGCCAAUACUUACCUCAAAGUGCAGAUACUUAUUGACAUAAUAUCAAUUUUUCCGUUAAGUAAAUUUUAGGUUAAGGGAUAAGAAUGCAUUGUAACAAAACUAUUACCUUCUGGUGAAAGCUCUACUUCAUAGUCUUACAGCUCUUUUGCUUAAAGCAGUUGUAAACAAGUUAUGUAUAUAGUUCCUUUUGUUUGUGUGUUUUUUUUAAA